AAUGGCCAGGAAUGUAUAUCGUAUAUCGGGUGUUCAAUUUGCAUUUGCAUUGUAUAUAAGUAAAGUAUGUGGUGUUGAUUUAUAGAGUAAAAUUAAACGAGAUACAUCAAAAUUAUAAAAUGUCAUGGAUUAAUCAACUCCUAAGGAAAAGAAAGUUUAAAUUCGUGUUGCUUGUCGUGGCAACUAUAUCAGGUGUUAGUUAUCUGCUUUCACAAUUUAUUUAUUUCCUCGUAUUAAAUCGGGAUGGAAUCAAUAAUCUAGUCAGUCGAUCCUCGUCAGGCCACAGUAGACCAAAUGUCGCUAUCAAUAAAAUUAUCUCAAAAUGGGACGAUUCACAACACUCCAAAUUUAUUAGAGACCAAGAUGGUCAUUCCAUUUCGCUAAGAGGAACUCAUAGUCGAGAUAUUGCCAAAUAUCUGCCCAAUGCGAGAGGAAAGUUUGUCUGUAUUGCCUCAAAAUUAGAGAUAGAUUUUUUGAAAAUUAAUGACGAUUAUUGCGAUUGUCCGUUGGACGGAAGUGACGAACCUGGAACCAAUGCUUGCAAUAAUGGCACUUUCUACUGUGAAAAAUCUUCGAAAAAAUUCCCAGAUAAAAUUUCGUCUUUUAAAGUGAAUGAUGGAGUCUGUGAUUGCUGUGAUGGAUGCGACGAGUGGGCUGAAAUUCCUUUGCUCGAUAAAUCUGAAAGUGAUCAAGCAAAGGGAAUAAAAACCACUUGUCCGAAUAGGUGCUAAAAAUACAGAUCUUCUUACGUAUGAUAAGGUGUGAAUAUCAGGACAGGCAGGGUACGUGGACCAGCAUUCGAAGAUGAUAAGUUUUUUGAAGCAGAGUCAAUCGAAGACUUGCAGAGCAUGCGUUGAGCAAACUGAAUACAAGCAUGAAGAACAUGGCCCUCAAAAUUAACGUGAAGAAAACGAAAAAUAUGGUGCUUGAAGGAAACGGUGAGAAAAUAAUAUGCAACAUUGUCCUAAACGAUGAGAGAAUAGAAUAAGUUGAUUGGUAAGAACGAAGGUAAGAAGGUUAUCGGUAGAGCAGGACCCAUUAUCAUGUAAUAAUAUAUCAAAUAAAGUUAAAAGUGC